GAAGAUCUUUGGACAGAUCAAACACUUGGUCCAGUUUUUCUCCCUGCCAUGAAACCCCGGGCCUCACAGGAUAAUGCGGCAGAUGCAUCAGAGGAUGAGGACGAGGUAGAAGAAGAAGAGGAGGAGGAGGAGGAUGACGAUGAGGAGGACAAUGAAGAGAAGGACAAAGAUGAUGAAAAGGAGGAAGAGGAAGACGAGAAGGAGGAAGAGGAUGGGGACAGCUCUGGAGACAGCUCGGAAGCUUCCAGUGAAGAGAAGCCGAAGGCUGAGCAGUCCAAGGAGACCAAAGUUCAACUUCUGCCUCGAGACCGUUCCCGCUCUCGAUCCCGAAAUGCCAAAAAGGAUCGGCGGAGUCGGUCAAAGCUGAAGCGGCAGGAGAAGAAAUCCAGCUGGAGAGCUAACAGGAUCAAUGCUAUGCUGCGAAGCUCCAGCUCACCCAAGAAGCGCAGGUCGUUCUUGUAUUCUAGCAAUGCGCUUUGUGUUCACUACUUUGUGCCGGAAGCAGCCAAGCAGCAAAGCUUUUGCUGCCAGGGUCAUUCUCUCCUCCUUUGCGGCCUCAGGCGAAGUCCUCGGAAGAGCCGCGACCGGCGGCCACGAAGUGCCCUUCGUAGCCCCCGGCGCAGCGAAAAACGCGAGCGGCGGAAGGAUGAUCGGAAACGGUGCAGUUCGAGUUCACGCAAGGACCGCAAAAAGCGCAGUCGAAGCCGGAGUGCGCGUUACAAGAAGAAUGACAGAAAGGGUUCUCCAAGGCGCUCACAACAUCGGAGGAGGAGCCCUUCGCCUUUGCUGAAGAAGGGUGAUAGCGAGAAGGCGGUUGCAAAAGGCUCCAGCGAGGUGCCGAAGACCUCACCUUCGACGCAAUCGCAGCUUUUCAAUGCCUUAGAGUCCCUGGAAGCCUUGCUCAAUGACAAGGCACAGGAUCCCAAGACAAAGGAGACAAAGCCACAGUCGACCCAGCAGACUUCAAAGCCGCCGUUGGAGCGUCCGCCAUUGCCGCGGCAGCCAGCCAAGCUAGCACAACCGGCACAACCAAAGCCGGCACAGCCGAAACAGCCGGUACAAGCUGUACCCAAGCCUGCCUCACUGGGGUUGCCAAAGAAGCCACAGGUCUUGGAUUGGAGGAGACGCUCCGCUGUUGAGACCAAGCCUCCGCAGCAGGUGCCAUGCUGCGGCCAUGCAAGCCUCCUAACAGAUGCCACGUUUACGCAACUUUUGAGACGUCUAAGAGACGUCCAGGCUUUAAAGUCGAGCGGAACAGAGAUACUAGCGGCACACUGGUUUACAGUAGGUGAUUUUCUUUUUUAAGCCAAUCAACGGCACAGAUUAUAUUAUACAUUAUACAUAUACUUCCACCGCCCCAGCACGGAUGGGGUGUACACUGAAUAUGUGGAAAGCUGUUGCCCUCCAUGGAUCACAACAGUAACAUGCAGUGACAGCAGCAAGCUGAGGCUGUUCAUUCAGUGGAUACCCGAGGCCAUCAAUAGGUUUGGGACGUGUCACUGUGAGUCAUUGUUUGCCCCCAGGACCAGCGAGCUUCUGCUGGAUCCUCAGUGUGUGACUGAGGUCACAGAUUUCUUUGCUUUUCUGGAAUCUGGGUGGGACGAGAGUCGAGACACGAAUCAUCACGGCUUCAAUUUUGCUAUCUCAUUUUGAGGUGCCGAUUCUAGGGAAUAGCAUCACGCAUCCAUACAGCUGGUGAAAAUGACAGGAUCCAGGCUAUGAUUUUGCCCUUCGAGCUCAUGCAGGA